UUUAUUUUUAUUGGAGAGAAGGAGUGAAAAGGGCAGAAACUGAGUGUAGAAGAAGAGGGAGGAAAAGUGGCAAACAAGUGAGUGAAAUUCCACAAGCAGUAGGUUCCAUCCUUGUGUCGCUCCAGUCCUAUUAGCACCCAAGACAGAAGAGGUGAAGGAGAAGGGAGGAGAUCCUUGAUUUGAUUCCACACCUUAUGUUACACAACCUGGUCUUUGUUCUGUCUCUCUCUUCUACCGCUUGCUCCCACAGAUCUAGGAAGAGCAAGAGAUGGAGAUGCUCGGGAAGGUUUUCUUCUGAGAGCUCUGAAUCAGUGAGUAUAUACCGGAAUAUUGGGGUUUCUUCAUAUCUUCCCUUUCUUUGAGGCUUCAAUUUUUGUUGUCUCUAAGGAUUGAGUGGAAAGAAUGGUGGGAAGCAUGGGCAGAUGGAUGCAUAGUUAGAUUGAGAGAACAAAACAAGGGGAUCAUAUUUCGUGGUUGCAAGCUGGCUACUGGGAUUCGUUUAUGUUGGUUUGAUUUGGAGCAGUCGGUGUUGCUACCAGGGAGAGGGAGAGUGAGGAAGAAGAGACAAGAAGGAACACCACCCGUAGAAAUUUAGGGGAGCGUUGUUGAUCUUGUUGUUCUUGUUGUAGCUGUCUGGAGGUAGGAAAUGGCAUCAGCUUCGUCGUCGUCACCCUUCCUUGGAGUCAGAGGUGAGGAGCUCCACAGUGAGAUGAAACAACAGCAGAAGCAGCCCUCUUCGGCGCCACCGCCCCCUGCCACGAAGAAGAGAAGGAACCAACCAGGAAAUCCAAGAUUAAAUAAUGGCAACGACAACCAUAUCCACAUGUGUGUAGCAGAUCCGGACGCCGAGGUGAUUGCGCUGUCACCGAAGACGCUGCUGGCGACGAACCGCUUCAUCUGCGAGGUCUGCAACAAGGGGUUCCAGCGGGAGCAAAACCUGCAGCUCCACCGCCGCGGCCACAACCUGCCGUGGAAGCUCCGGCUGAAGAGCAGCAAGGAGGUGCGCCGCCGGGUAUACCUCUGCCCCGAGCCGACGUGCGUCCACCACGACCCCUCCCGCGCCCUCGGCGACCUCACCGGCAUCAAGAAGCACUUCUGCCGCAAACACGGCGAGAAGAAGUGGAAGUGCGACAAGUGCUCCAAGCGCUACGCCGUGCAGUCGGACCUCAAGGCUCAUUCCAAGACCUGCGGCACCCGCGAGUACCGCUGCGACUGCGGCACGCUCUUCUCCAGGCGUGACAGCUUCAUCACCCAUCGGGCCUUCUGUAAUGCCUUGGCGCAAGAGAGGUCGAGACUUCCGACCGCUGGCCUGAACAAUCUUGGCAGCCACCUGUACGGGAACAACACCAUGGCUCUCAGCCUGUCUCAAGUGAGCGCUCAACUCAGCUCUUUGCCGGACCACAGAGGCAGUGGAUCCCAGUUCGAACACCUCGUCAGCGCUGGGAACCCUUCGCCAUUCCCACCACCGCAGCUCCCUCCACAGGCCGCUUUCUACCCCGGCAACAAUGGCUCCAACCAAGACUUCAGUGAGGAACACCAGCCUCACCACUCUUUGCUUCACAGCAAAGCAUUCCAUGGUCUGAUGCAACUCCCUGAUCUCCAAGGCAACACCGAAGCUUCUUCCAGUACCGCGGCCGCCAAUUUGUUCAAUCUCAGCUUCUUCUCCAACAACAGUAGCGCGAGAAGCAUCGGCGAUGGCAACAACGACGGCAAUCAGAACAAUCAGAUACUGAUAGCCAACGAUUUCAAUGGUGCCAAUGGAAGCAGUGAACCCACCACGCUCUUCAACGGGGACCUUAUGAGCGAUCACGUCGGGGGAGAAAUGAACUCUCUAUACAACACCUCGAUGCAAAACGAAUCUAUCCUCCCACGGAUGUCCGCUACUGCAUUGCUUCACAAGGCAGCUCAGAUGGGCUUGACGACCUACGGCGGAUCCUCGUUAUCUAGAGGGUUUGGCAGCUCCACUUCAGGCAGCCUGAAGCCUCCUAGCCUUGGCGGUGGGAUGGGUGGGGGUGGCGGCGAUGGCGAAGAUGGCCUGCAGGCUCAAAUGGAGAACGAAGCUCACCUCCAGAACCUGAUGAACUCGCUCGCGAACGGAAGUAGCAGCCUAUUUGUCUGCACCGGAGGGGUGGCGGCUCUUGGUGGCAGCUGCACGACCGGGGGCUUGGGUUCCUUCGCUGCUGGAUUGCGCGAUGCGGACGAGACCAAGUUUAGUUUAUCGAGCUCCGGAAGCCUAGGGGUUUCCGACCGCCUGACGAGGGACUUUCUCGGUGUAGGCGGCAUGGUGAGGAGCAUCAGCGGCGGCAUCUCUAGGCGAGAACAGAAUCACGGCAUCGGCAUGAACGCCUUGGAUCCCAAGUGAAGUCGCGGUCCUCUAGCCAGUCCUUUGCCUUCUUGCAACGAGGAAGAAAUAGGAUGAACCGAAAGCUAAGAGAAGAAGAGUGUAUGUUAACUCGAAGUUGAUGAACUAAGUUGAGGUAUCGUUUAAGUUUUUUUUUCCUUUAAUAUCAUUAAAUCCCUCGCUCUC